AUGAACGAAAGAGCGAGAAGUCGAAAAGAAGAAUCGUUGCGUCGUCGUUAUCGUCGUCGUCAUUCGUUUUCGUUCACCGCGUGCUUUUUCGCGGCGCUCGCGUGCUUGAUUCAGCUUCCAAAUUCCAUCGAAGCCGGUUGGAACGGCCGCAAUGGCGCGGGUUGUACCAACCAAAUACAAAAUAAUAACCCUACCAAAAUAGGUACUUGCGUUCAUGACCAUUGGGAAUAUCGCAAUCCCUGGUCGGGUGUUAAAGAUGACUGGAGGUGGGAGAACGUCGGCGAAUGCUCGGAAGACUGCGGAGGUGGAAAACAGGAACAGCAGCUACUUUACCACUUCAAGAGAAUCACCUACUGCCAAACGAAAGGCAGCGAAGUUCGUCAAUGCGCGUUUGCGGAUGAGAGCGAUAGACUCUAUGUUAGGACCCAGUAUGUUGAUUGUAAUUCUCAUUCGUGUCCUCCUCCACCGCCACCGCCGUCGCCACCACCGCUGCCUCCGCCGUCGCCACCGCCGCCGGGAAGCAACGGUGUACCGACGGUUGCUAUUGGCGUGCAAGCGUUACAAGUAACGGAUCGCGAGUUUGAUUUUCAAAUCACCGUCUCUGAUAACGACUGUUCAGACGUGACGAACUGCUUGGGAACCCCUUCCCUUGUCAAUGCAAAUACAGCAAAAGGUUUGCAAUGCGACGCCUACGUUGCGUCGAGUUCUACGGAUACUUCGUGCACGCACGCUACUUCGAGCGAUUAUUUGCCGUGUAAAAAGUGGACGAAUUUUUACGACUCUACGAAAGGGGACGAUUAUAAGUUUACCCUGACGAUGACUGAUGCGAGUAACGAGUUAGUGACUGGAACGUACCAAAUCAAGUACGAAUGCUAUUGGUUGAUGGCUGACGGCGUCACGAAAGCUCCCGACACCACCACUGGAGAACAAACGUUGCACGAAUUCGUCGUCGAGGAAGGGUGCUCGGACUGGUUGAGUCUUUCAACGGUUCCUUUGGAAAAAUCCUUUUUGUUAUCUUCGCCUGGUUUUCUUUCGAUUACCGACUGUGAUACCGUAGAUUACGUCAAAGAAAUGGUGUUUCGAAAGUACGAUACGAAUCCGCGCGACGGGAAGCUCAGUUACGACGAAAUUCAGGACGCGUUUUUGAGACACGACGCCGACUUUUCGCAUUUAACGAAUGAAAUCGGCGAAAGUGGGUACAGCGAUCUCACAUUGAGCGACAUCAUGAACAGCGACGCGUUGCCGUUUAAGUGCUACGAGAAAGCUGUGACUGGCUCGAGUGAUGUGUACAUGACUUCUAUCACGUACCCGGAUUUAAGCACAGACGCUGGUUCAACGUCGACGACUUUGAAUAGUUGCGCGGCGGCAAAAGAGCUCGUCACCGUCAAGUGGGCGUACAACACUCCGCCCGUCGACAACUCUGAUUACAUGUGUGUGUAUUCUGAUGCUCGCUUAUUCGCAAAGUACGUUGGUUCUGAUACCGGAGGUAUCCCAACAUCACUCACUGACUCGAGACCUUCAAUGGGAACCGGAGACAGCGAAGUGAGUUUGAUCGCGCACUUCUUGUUUGACGACGACAUGUCGAAUUCGGCUAGUGCGGACGAUACUACGACAACUUUAACUGGAUACGAUUCAUUCGAGACGUGCGGCGAUGGUGUCAAGUGUUUGAAAAUGUCGACAUCAUCAUCCGGCUAUGAGUUUGCCAACACAAACGAGAUGGCCAACAGCGCGAUCAUGACGUGGAUCUAUCGAAGUAGUAGUGACACGGGGAAUGCGGAUGUCAUCUACUCAACAUCAGUAACCGGCAGUUCGUGCAAGAAAGAAAUCCACUUUACGCUGGGAACAGAUGCGACAUUGAGCGGCGGUCUCGUCAUUUCAGACAACAGCAAUGGAGGUUGCACGCAGACGUGCGGUGACGGAGACGGUCUCUGCGAAAUCUCGUCUGCAACGGCGCUGUCGACAAAUUCGUGGCAUCACGUUGCGAUGGUUUCCAACAAUAUUUAUGGUUUGACGAUUUACGAAAAUGGUGUGUCUGCUGCGACUAUGGUUGCGGGCGAUUGGACGAAUACUCUGAUGGAUUUACCUUUCGGAAUGACUUCGACGACGAAAACUUUAUUCAACUCCGCCUACGCGUCGAGUUCGUACGUCUACGACGACGCUCGCAUUUACAGCGGAUUCGUUCAUGAAUUACACAUUUCUUCUAUAUAUAGUUGCGGAAGGGGCGACUUGUGCGCGAACAGAGCGUACGCAUCGCCGCAAUCUCGAAGAAUCUAUUGCGUCGUUUUGAACUACGCGGUUGCGACCCAAGCGACGAGUGGCUUUACACCCCCUUGCGUCACGGGUUUAUUCUAUAACGGUUUGGCGAUUGAUUUAACCACGUCUGCGUCUACGAAAGGGGUUACUUUUCAGUUCAGAGACACGGCGUUGGGAGAGAGCUCUUUUGAAGUUCUUCGCAGGCAAGUUGUGGACGGCAGCGCAGUUGGAACGUACGAGUCGAUUGUUUUGAUCGAUUCCGAUAUCAGCGGUUGCGCCUCAUCGUUCAAUUCCAUGACUUUUGCGGACUACGAAGCUGCGAAGGUUCCUGGUGACGUUUGGGAAUACGCCAUUCGUACGAAAUACCCGACGGAUUCUGUUUUGAACAUCGAUUCGGACGCGUUUACGUUUACGGUGCCUUGGUAUGGCGUGGUCGAGGGCGAAAUUUUGGCAGGCGAAUCGGACGUCGCGGUGCCAAACGUGCGCGUUUGUGCGCGGCUCAAAUCCUCGACAACGAGCUCUGAUACGUCUGUUGGUACCGUGUCAGAUGCAGAAAGUCCGAGUUUAGCUUCAUAUACGUACGUCGUGCACUCGAACAGCGAUCGAAUCAGUGACGCUUACAAGGUCACGGACACUCAAACCGGCACCUCCGUCGAGCUCGACAAUGCGGAACAUUUGAAGAUUGAUUUGAAUAUUUUCUCGUCAGUUUCGUCUGUGAGCGUGUGCGUCGCGAGCACAACAGAUUUAACGACGGCGCCUGAGUUUAUUGUUCGAGUCAUGGAUUACGACGAUCCCGACGACGCGGGGAAUUCCGGGAAUAUGUGCAUCGAAGACGAGAUAUCUUCAGUCGCGGAUGGAAACGUGUGCAUUAAAUACUCGUGCGUCGGAACACACAUCUCCAGUUUUUCUGGACAAUAUAUCACCGUACUUUCCGGCGAAAGUUCGACUCAAUCCAUCGCCGAAGUCUUCGUUACGGGUUCGGAAAUCACGUGUCCUUAUUCAGGUUUUUCGGACGACGACGGCAAUUUCGAGAUUGAAAUUACGGAAGAAUCGGGAGCGACUUCGAAAAACGCAAAAGUUGGCGUCAUGGCGUUCAAGACGGUCGUUUUUGAUCGAAGCGACAGCACUCUUUUUCAGACUGUGGCCAACGAAACGGACACUUCUAUCGUCGGGCCGGAUGCUGUUUUGAUCGCGCUCGAAUACGAUGCGACUGGUUUAACCGCAUCGUUAGGUAGUACCUCUGCUCUUGGUAACGGAUUAUAUUUACCUUGCGAUUCCGAAGUCGACGAAGACGGAUAUUUUCUUGUCUUCAGACACGAUAGUUCCACCGGUUUAUAUUUUUCCGAUUCUGAUUCUUUCGCCGAAGUGAAACAUACUGGUGAUUCAUCCGCGGAUUAUAAAUAUUCUCGUCUUGACGAAGUGGAAACGUAUGGUAAAUCCGACGACGGGACAUACGAAUUUAAGCUCGUAUAUCCUGCCUAUGACGGAUGGACUAAUAUUUGGAAGCAAACGUCUAACCCAGUUACGAUGACUUCAGGAGGUGUUGAAGGAUAUGAAGCCAUUUCCAUUGGGGCGACCUCGUCAUACACUUUCAAAGGCUUGGAGUACAAUCUCGGGUCAAGUGCCUUUAUUGAUGGAGUGAUCGACGUAGGGAUUUGGUGGUAUGCAAUUGGAUCAUUCCAAAGUUUUUUCAACAAUAAAAUUCCGGGACCUUUUCCUACACAAGUAUCCGAAGUGAAACUUUAUGUGAAGACGACUGGUGAAGUUUUUUGCCCACCACCACCACCACCACCACCACCACCGAGCCCAUUAUACUCACCGGUGACGGACGACGUAUUUUUCUCGGCUAUCGAGGAUUGUUUAGACACGAAUCCUGUCGAUGGUUUAUGCACAGAUAGUGAAUACGGUCCAAUGCCGGAUUGGGACGUCAGUCAGGUGACGGAUAUGUCUUCAGCUUUCCUUGGUAGAACAACAUUUAACGCCGACAUUUCCCAGUGGAACACGUCUUCCGCGACCACUACGUUCAUAAUGUUCAAAAACGCUGCUGCGUUUAAUCAAGACAUCAGUGGCUGGGACGUCAGUUCUGUUGUCACGAUGCAAGGAAUGUUCAACAUGCAAAACGUAGAUACUUCGGCAUUCAACCAAGACAUUGGAGGUUGGGACACGUCCCAAGUUACGAAUAUGAUGUUCAUGUUUUUAUCUAAUGAAAUAUUUGAUCAAGACGUGUCGGGAUGGACGGGAUCGGCGGCAACGAGCGCACAAAUUGCUAUGUUUGUUGGAGCAACUGCUUUUCAAGCCAAAUAUGAGUGCACAGCCGCCAACAGAGGGCCGGCGAGUUCGUGCGAUACGAUUAAAAGUACGUGGGUCGCGCCGAGUCCGCCACCACCAAGUCCGCCACUACCGAGCCCACCGCCGAGUCCGCCACUACCGAGCCCACCGCCGAGUCCGCCGCCGCCGAGUCUGCCACCACCGAGCCCACCGCCAUCACCGAGCCCUCCGCCAUCACCGAGCCCUCCGCCACCACCGAGCCCUCCGCCACCACCGAGCCCUCCGCCACCACCGAGCCCUCCGCCACCAAACCCGCCGCCGAGUCCGCCACCACCGAGUCCAUUCAUCGAUACGGACGUCGAUAACAGCACGGCUGUAUCAAAGGAGGAAUUCUCCGUCUACGCCGCGGCGAGAUUGGAGUACGUAGACGCAUUUAUUGUGAUUCCGGAUGCGUUUUGGAACACGUUCGAUGUAGAUUCAAGUGGUGAUUUAAGUUCGACCGAGUUUAUGAACGUGGUUGCUGCGUUUCACAGCGGUGCUGUAGUUGGAACGCCGUGGCUCGUUUAUCCCCUCGCGGAGACGAGUUACUUAACGAAUUUCUACGCGAGUGAUCUCGCGACGACAACAGGCCAAUCCGCCAUCGCGGCGGCGCCGAACCCAAACACUACCAUGCCAGUUACCACAACGUCGUGGCAAAUCUGGUACGAAAACGUUACGGCCUCGUUUUCUGAUUUUUCGUUUGCUUCGCCGAGUAGUUCGACUGACUUUGAUAUUCUCGCGACUCUCGGCGUUGACGAUGAACCGGAAAUCAACCCAGCGAUUAUUCCUAUGGUCGUUCGCACCGACGAUGCCGGUCGAGUUGUCUUGUCUGGUGACGAGGUUUCCUCGCAAGUUUCUGGAUUCGAUGCUCUUUUAUCUGCGUCAUUUCCUAUUUCUUCUGUGAAUCUCAAAUUGAUCGCAACGGAGCAACUGUACGACGUGGUUCACGUUUUCAACACCGAGGACGAAGGUUACGAUACCGAACAGAGCGAAACGAUUACGAAGAUUUCUCAUCUUUCUGUCGCCGGGGUUGCCAUACAGGACAACACCGUCGUGACCGUUUCAGGUAUGGUCCGUUUCCCUGAUUAUAGAACAUCUGACGUUGUGUGCGGUUUACCGUACGCGGUGAUUAACGCCUACAAGCAACAAUGUGGAAACGAUGGUUCGUGUACUUACGAAGAAGCGGACGAAUACACCGCCGACGCUUUGGGAUACUUUGAGAUUUCCGUCACCCCAGGAGAUACGUACUUGUUUCACGCCUCGUACGGGGAUCAUAGCAUCUGCUACUCGGAAGACGGAUUCGACGCCGAGUGCUCCACAACGACGAUCACGACCAUGACUCUCGGGCCGAGCGAAGAUAUCGUAACCACAAACAGUUACGUCCUUCUCGGAGCGAUCGACGGAUCAGAAAGUAUCGUUUUCUACGACACGACGGAACGCACCGUCGAUGUCGGCUUAUACGCCGGCGCGUGCGGAACGUCUUAUGAAGGAUACACCAUGCUCAUCACGCCCGCGAAUGGGUGCGGUGCGGCGCUUAGCGUUGCUGAUACGGAUAUCAGUGGAUGGACUCUUACGGACACAAGUACACCAAAUAUCAAGUAUUGGCCGUACGCCGCGAUGGAUUACUACAUUCAACUCGAUGUCGCUCCAAGUGUAUCUGCUUUGACAGAAACAGUAAUUCUUUCAGAUUCCGGUAAUAGUGCCGCGACGUGUACGGCGCCUGGUUCGAACAUACUCACGUUUUUCCGCGACAGAGACGAACUCGUUCGAACUUUGGGUUUUCUCGAUACCGCGUACGCGACGGCGACGUACCAGUACCACGGGUAUUUGUGCGCCAACCCGACUAUCGGUUCCACUGAGACGGUCACUUUUGCGGUUGACUGGCCAUUGAUUGAUGCGGACGAGACGUGUCUCAACGCGGCUACUGCAACAAACCCUCUAACUUCCAAUCACAUGAUUGGUACGUCGAGUUCGACUGAACUGUCUUCGACCAUCACCACGGAAAAAUACGCGUGGUUGCAAGUCUUUGAGGCGCACUGCACUUCGUUGGACGAUUCGGGAAGUUGCGUGAACACAUAUUGCUCUACUUUCUCGUCCGAAACGAACACAGACUUAAGUAUUUCGGUUCGUUUGAAAGAAGACGUCGAGCCACAAUUGAGCAAUCUGUGCCACUCGAGCAACGAGCCAAACGAUUCGUGCUACUUCAACACCGUGGACGAGACAAGCCAAUUUGUGCAAUUCACCGAUUCUGCAGGGGCUACGACUGUUUAUCGCAAAAUCAACGCCGGGAGUGCCAAACCUAACUUGGUUUCUCCGUAUAGACGCUCGAUAUUUUUUACUGUCGUUCGAAACGACGGGUGGUCCUCGACGACGACUGAGGUUGAGCGUGAAUUAGUCGCGCUUGGGUCUAAAGUCCGAGGCGAAAGUUCAGAUUAUUCCGCGAGGUAUACGAGUACUAAGGAGUUUUACGCGACGGCGCCUAUUCGCGGAUUGGUGUAUACGGUCGUUCACGAUCCUCCGGGAGGAGAUUCGUACGCGUCUAUAGCGCAAGGAACGAACAUUGAGCUCGAGCUCGGGUUGCUCACGACGCGUAGCGCUAACGUUGCCGGGAGUUGGUGCAUGGAUGCUGGAGUUGGUGUUGAACUCAAAACAAGUCUUGGCACUUCCGUAGGAACAGGAUAUUUGAAUGGUGAAGUAGAUUUAACUACGGGAAAUGAAAAGAAGGGUACUCCUGGAUUGGGCUUUGCUGCCGGCAUAGGUGGCGGUCGCGAAGAAGACGGACCUUCCGUUUCCGUUUCCGCGACGACAGAUAACGGAUGGGACUUCCACAUGACGUUGAAUAGAAAUCUUGAUUCAUCUUUAGACCCGGCGUUAGCCGGACGCCCCGGCGACGUUCUCUUAGGCGGCGGAUUCGAAAUCGUUUACGAAAUGUCUGACACUCUCGAUCUAGACGACGGUGCUCCUGAUAAUUGCUUGGCUGUGACCCAAGAAGUGGUGUGGUCGGCGCGCAAACCUACGAGCUAUAUCAUCAACGUGUUCACGAUUGAAGACAAAAUUCUUCCCGAGCUCGAAUACUUGAAAGAUGGGAUUUUGGACGGAACAAUUUCAAAUAAGGAUGGAGAGUUGGUAUCUAGAGAUACCGACGAAAUCGCGGCUAUUUGGGCUGAUCGUUUGACCACGGCAAUCACAGAUUGGGAAAACACCGUGAAAUGGACGACGCCGGAUUUCAACCCUGCUUGGGCGACGACUGAAGAUGAUAAAACAGCCGCAAAAACCUCUGCGGAAAGCAAAUUCGCAAACAUGGCUGAUUCGUUCACUUCAGACACCGGCGUUUUUGGCGCGCAAUUUAAACCCAAAAUAGACAAGGCAUACGGUGCGUAUACACAAACGUCAUCUUUGAGCGAAUAUACGUUUGAGCAAGAUUGGGAUGAUCUCGAACACGUUUGGGACUCGUUGAGUAGUUCAUACGGUCGUGUGUCUGGUUUGUCGGGUCUUUCGGACACGAUGGGAAUGGUCGGCGAGGAUGUGACCGAGGGAAUCGUGGAGGGUAUCUCCAUCGGUUCUUACGAUAACGAAGAUAGAUGGAAGCCUGAAGAUGAUCUUUGGGUCGAAACGUACUCUGAGACUGAAACUGACACUGGCAAGAACGUGUUCAAUUCCACCGAACCAAAUACGGCUUGGAGUCGCGGCAUGAACGAUCUGGCAAUCGUGGACGCGUUUGAGAACGGUUUAGAGCCAAACACCGAAGAUAGUUACGGAACUCCAAUUUCCUCAAGCGAAGCCUUAAUAACCAAAAUGCAAACGAUGGAUAUGAUCGAUUCUUCCGUUUUUGGAAUGGAUACUACGUUUGAUUUUGGGACCACUAAAACGGUUUCGCAAACAAUCGACGGGAUAGAUGUAGACGAUUACGAUCCCGCAUCUGAGCCGAAUUUGCCUUCGGAUACCGCAACCACGGAAAACGUUUAUUUGACAUUUUCCGGCGGUGGUCACGCGCUCGAGUUUUCCUCUUCCGUGUCAGAUAACAUCGACUCUUAUGGUUACGAGUGGUCGCUCGAGGCUGAAUCCGAGAUUACCAACAACAUGGACAUCGAGGCAGCUGCUGGUCUUGCCUACACGAACUGGCAUUACCACGACUCGGGCGGGAAAUCCGUUGCCCUUGAACACGCCAUGGCGUGGGCAAAAUACGGUGAAUUGGAAACGUCGUACACGUUGUCCGACCCAGAUCACGGGGACAAAUUUGUCAUUUUAGUCAAAUUCGAUAAGCGUUUUGGAACGCCUAUUUUCCAAACUAUCGGCGGCGCGUCGAAGUGUCCGGGCGAGCCGAACACGAUGUGGCGAGAACAAGGUCUGGAGCUCUCUAUUGCUGCCGCGGAUGGCACAGAUAACGAGUUCAUUGCACCCGAUGCGAGCGCUCUGUUUGAUAUCACGAUAACGAACGAAUCGCCUUAUCGUGAGGGUCAAAUUUUCGGUUUGCUCUUAGGUUCGAACUACACCGGCGAUACGUACGGCAACAUGAAAGACUUGAACUUUAUAAUCAACGGCAACGACAAAAUGUCCCCAAUGGGCGAUUUGUUUCACUUGCACGACAUCCCUGCAACCGACGAUGGAUCUAUGAGCGGUAAUCUCGUCAACUCGGUCGUUUCGCUUCGCAUAGAACGAGGCGCGAUGGCGCACUCGUACGAAAGCAUUGGUUUGACGUUAAUCUCCGAAUGCGAGUGGGCGCUAUCGCGCAGCCAAAUUUAUCGCGCACCGAUUUCACACACGGCGUAUCUCGGCGAUAUCAAGUGGGAGAAGAAAUGCCCGUCGGUGACUUGGGACGAAGGCACUUGGAACACGUACGCAAACUACGUGGCGUCGACGGAAACGUCAAGUCUCUUCAACGUGACUUUAAUGAACCCAGAUCCUAUGAAUUUAUGGUCGGACGAUUACGUCGACGGAGAUACAAAUCGAACGAAUCACUUAGUUCACGAAGACGUUCAAUUCAUCCGUUUGCAAUUUCGAAGACCUGGAACCGGGGAAUGGAUCAGCGCUUGGGAAGCAGGAGCGACUGAUUCCGCAGAUUUACAAUGCUCGCAAGCGCGCGGCGAAGGAUGCAGUUUCGAGUGGGAUUUAGAAAACCAAUACUUUCUGAACGGCUUGAAAGAUGGCCCGUGGGAAAUUAGAGCGAAAGUCUUCUGCUCCGGGUACGACUCGUUCGCGACGACGGACGUUCGAGGAUCGGUAACGGAUGAUACUUUGUACAUGAUUGCCGACGUGACGAGCCCGUAUCCGUCUUCUCUCGAAGUGUUCGGAAACGUUUUAUUUGUCGAUUUUUCGGAAGAAAUCGCGUGUCCGCAACUUGACUCCGAUGCUUCUGCGUAUUCCAUCUCGAGAACUGCCGAUUGCGACGGAAACGCCGUCGCAGACGGUACCGUGAGCAGCGCUGACAUCUUGUUACACUACGACUUUCGAUGCCUCUCUCACGAAACAAACGGAAGAAAUUCAUGGACAAUGACCAUACCGAUCUCCUCGGCGGCGUCUUCGAAAGCUGAAGCGGGCGAAUAUACGGUAACAAUCAACGACGGGUACCUCACAGAUACCGGUGGAAACGGCGCGUCAAGUCUCACAAUCACCGAAUCUUUCGGAUGCUCGUCGUCGUCGUCGUCGUCGUCGUCUACUUCGACUUCGUCCGCAAAAUUGGGCUCAUCACAAAAAUUGGGCUCAUCAAAGGGAACCAAGGACGCGUCCUUUCUAUCUCCGUUGAACAAAAAUACCGCGUAUUACAUCGUCGUUGCGGCGGCGUUUGCGUUCGGGAUGGUUGCGAGUCAAAUGAUGGCGUCGUUUACGCGCGACAAAAGCAAUCGAUUCGUUCACAAAGAAGCAUACCGCGAAAGCGCGGCGGAAGAAUAUCUCGUCCCUCUUCGGAGCGCGACAAAAAGCGAGUCGUCGGCGGCAAACGCUGCCUACGGCUCGAGCGACGACGGCGGCGGCGUAAAAGUCGUCGGAGCGGUCCUGUGA